ACCAUCACAACUCACAAAUUCAGAAUCCAAAGCUUUUCUCAGCUAAUUUCAAACCCUCAAUUGCCAAUCUACUACACUUAUUUUGAGAAAUAUCAAUCAAAUGGGAUUUUCAUCUAAAUUUAUCUCUGUUUCUUUGGUUGUGGCCUUUGCACUCUUGUUUAGCUUCACCGACGCAAGAGAUCAUCUUGUAGGAGGUAAACCUGAGUGUUGGAAAGUUCCAUCCACCGAAUCUGAUGAUUUUCUUAACAAAUGGGCUCAAAAAACCAGGUUUCAAAUCGGUGAUAGUUUAGUAUGGAAGUACGACAGCAAGAAAGACUCCGUAUUACAAGUAACAAGAGAGGCAUACUUGAGCUGCAAUACCAGUAAUCCAAUAGCAGCACACAAAGAAGAUGAAACCAAGAUUGAGUUAACCAAAUCAGGCCCAUAUUACUUCAUCAGCGGAACACAAGCCUAUUGUGAGAAAGGAGAAAAGCUCAUUGUUGUUGUAAUGGCUGCCAGAAACAGGCCUUCUGGUGCAGUUUCACCAGCUAUUGCACCUUCUCCAGAUUCUGAAUUUGGGGCUCCGGCAGUUGCUCCUACUAGUGCUGCUUCUGGCCUUAAAGGAGGUCUCAAUCUCAUUGUAGCUGUUGCCGUUUUAGCUGGGUUUUUUAUGAUAUAGAAUAUAGAAUAAUAAUAGAAAUGAGGUUUUGUGGGAUCUUUCUAGUUUAUUAUACAAAAAUUAUAUCUAGGUAAGUUGUUUUACUUCAAGGAAAAAUCUUUGGAUUUUCCUAUUUUAUGUUUCUGGGCAGCGGUUUUUAUGUAUUUGUUCAUUGAGGUGAUAAUUAAUUUAUUCUUUAUUUGUUAAAUACACCUUCCAUUUCAA